AAUUGCGUGAUUGACUUAGCUAUGCUACAGCCGUCAUACUCGCCGUGUAAUGCACAAGGCUUUCGGUUACAGAUGGAAAAAGCCACAAAUGUGGACGACUAUUUUGUGUUUGGAAUUGGCCUGCUUUUGCUGUGCAACUCAGAAUCUGCUGAUACUGCAACAGCUAAUCUUUUGAUGCCUAGUGUUGCUUCAGCUCGAAUUUGGUGUUAGUUGUAAAAUUUUCUUGUGGGGUUGAAUUGCAGAGGCAUUGAUCUUGUUUUGGGUGAGGCUUCAUUGGAUUACCUGAAAUUUGACCAAAAAUGGCUUCCGAUCAAAGAGGGAGAGCUAUUGUACUAAUGGGUGUUAGUGGUGCUGGAAAAUCGGCUGAAGGACAAUAGGGAAGAUGCUGGCUAAAGUUUUGAGUUGUACCUUUCUUGAUGCCGAUGAUUUCCAUCCUCAAUCAAACAAAGAAAAGAUGACUCGAGGAGUUCCUCUUUCAGAAGAAGACCGAAUUCCUUGGCUGGAAGUUCUACGUGAUACUCUUAGAGAGAGCUUAAUCAAUGGGAAAAUUGCGGUACUCGGAUGUUCCUCUCUGCAAAAGCGAUACAGAGAAAUCCUAAGAUGUGCAGAUCCUAACUACAAGCUGGGGAGCUAUGACAGUGCAUUAAAGUUUGUUUUGUUGGAUGCUGCUGCUGAGGUAAUUGCUGCUCGCUUAGAGAAAAGAGCCGCAGAAGGGAAUCAUUUCAUGUCAGCAACACUUUUGCAGUCUCAGAUAAACUUGCUUCAGAUAGAUGAUUCUGAAGGGAUUUUUAAGGUCGAUGCUACUCUGAGUCUUGAAGAAAUUGUAAGUACCAUACGAGCUCGUGUUUCUGAUCAGAUGUUGUCCAACAAUUUUUAAUGAUCCGGUUAAAAGUAUUGUCAUUCUUGAUGCACAAGAAUAAAUUACCAAAAUUGGCAGGGCAGAGUAACUAAAUCAUCAUCAUUGGCAUGUAUAAAAGAUUUUAAUUUUUCUCACAAAAAACACAGAUUAUUUAACGCAUUUGAAAGCAUUUGGUGUUUAUAGAGUUUAAAACUUCAAUGAUUAUACCA